GAUGACGAGGCUUCAUCUUUAAAGAAGCAUCAUUCAGAAUUACUGCACCCAACAGUUAAUUGUGAGAAGAAGGAUGCUUCUGUCCAGGCAGGGGACAUUCUUUCUCAAGUUUCUCAAACUCAUGAUGUUAUCAUGACAUUGGACAAAACAAUCUCCUCGUUGGAGAUGCAACUGGCAGCCGCUAGGGCUGCCAAAGGUGAUAAUGAGGAAGGAUCUCCAGCAGUUACAAAAUCAGGAAAUGAAAAAUUAAAGGAACGCCAGAAGGUUUUCUUUGUUAUGGGAGUCAUUACUGCAUUCAGCAGUAGAAAGCGAAGAGAUUCAAUUAGAGAAACUUGGAUGCCUAAAGGAGAGGAAUUAAAGAAGUUGGAGCAAGAGAAGGGAAUAAUAAUGCGGUUUGUUAUAGGACACAGUGCAACUCCAGGUGGUGUUUUGGAUCGUGCUAUUGAUGCAGAGGAUGAGCAGCAUAAGGAUUUCCUACGACUGAAUCAUAUAGAAGGUUAUCACGAACUGUCAUCGAAAACCCAAUUAUACUUUUCAACAGCUGUUGCUAAGUGGGAUGCUGACUUCUACAUAAAAGUUGAUGAUGAUGUGCAUGUGAAUCUGGGCAUGGUUGGUUCUACAUUGGCACGACAUAGGUCAAAACCCCGUGUUUAUAUUGGUUGUAUGAAAUCCGGACCUGUCCUGGCUCAAAAAGGGGUCAAGUACCAUGAACCAGAAUAUUGGAAAUUUGGUGAGGAGGGAAAUAAGUAUUUUAGGCAUGCGACAGGACAAAUAUAUGCAAUCUCCAAAGAUUUGGCCACCUACAUUUCUGUAAACCGGCAUAUACUCCAUAAAUAUGCAAAUGAAGACGUGUCUUUGGGAUCUUGGUUUAUUGGUCUUGAUGUUGAGCACAUUGAUGACCGAAGCCUUUGUUGUGGGACUGCCCCUGAUUGUGAAUGGAAGGCUCAAGCAGGGAAUCCUUGUGCUGCUUCAUUUGACUGGACCUGCAGUGGCAUCUGCAAGUCUGUAGAGAGAAUGGAGGAGGUACACCAGCGCUGUGGGGAGGGCGAUGAAGCUAUCUGGCAUACCAGUUUCUGAAGCCUCCCCGCUGGUUUGUAACAUAUUUGUGUAUGUUUGAUCAAAGCCAUGGUUCAGACAACACCAUCUGCCCGAUUUUUGCUUAUUAAUGCCUCGGGACAGUGUACAUGAUUAAAUUAAUUUACUGCACAUAUGGAUUCUCAUUUCAGGAAAAAAAAAAAAAAAAAUGAUGAAAAUCUUAUAGUUUCAAGGUUUACAGUUUUUAAUUUUCAUAACCGCGAUAUCAAGAAAAGUUGGCAAAUGUUUUCCGAUGUAAUUAGUCACAUUUAGCUUUCAGCCAAUGCAUACAUAAAAUCUU